UGUUGCUAGGGCUUUUCAAUUUAUCCGCAGCUUGAAUACAGCAGAGAGGAGUGUGGUGAGGGAGAGAGAGUCUAGGCCGUAGGUUCUCACAUCCGUAUUCAACAUGGCGAGAGGUUUGAAGAAACACUUGAAGAGGCUCAAUGCCCCCAGUCACUGGAUGUUGGACAAGCUUGGUGGUGCUUUUGCUCCCAAACCAUCAUCAGGACCCCACAAAUCCAGGGAAUGUCUGCCAUUGAUUCUUAUCUUGAGGAACAGGCUCAAGUAUGCUCUUACUUACCGUGAGGUCAUUGCUAUUUUGAUGCAACGUCACAUUCAGGUUGAUGGAAAGGUCAGGACUGACAAAACUUAUCCAGCUGGUUUCAUGGAUGUUGUGUCUAUCCCAAAGACCAAUGAGAAUUUCCGCCUUCUCUAUGAUACCAAGGGUCGCUUCAGGCUUCACUCUAUCCGGGAUGAGGAAGCUAAGUUUAAGAUGUGCAAGGUUCGUUCAGUUCAGUUUGGAAAGAAGGGCAUUCCAUACAUCAACACAUAUGAUGGGAGGACCAUUCGCUAUCCAGAUCCUCUUAUCAAGGCUAAUGACACUAUCAAGCUGGAUCUUGAGAACAACAAAAUUGUCGAUUUUAUCAAGUAUGAUGUCGGCAAUGUUGUCAUGGUCACUGGUGGUAGGAACAGGGGCCGUGUUGGUGUAAUCAAGAACCGUGAGAAGCAUAAGGGAAGUUUCGAGACCCUUCACAUUCAGGAUGCUACUGGCCAUGAGUUCGCAACUAGAUCUGGGAAUGUGUUCACAAUUGGGAAGGGUACUAAGCCCUGGAUAUCUCUUCCAAAGGGCAAAGGCAUAAAGUUGACCAUUAUUGAGGAGGCAAGGAAGAGGCUUCAGGCUCAGUCUGCUGCAGCUUAGGUCUCUCUAUGUUUCUUUGGAAGUAGUAUGGUAUUUCAUCUUUUGGAUAAUCUUUACUUGGAUAUUUGCUGGCAAUUUUGCUGAAGUUUGAAUUCUAUCAGAUUCAUAUUUUCUA